CUGAGUUUGAGAAACGGAUCUCCAUCUCCAAAGCAACAGGAUUAAUAUUCUUCUUCUUCUUCCUCUUCGAGGGAUACCUGUAGAAAACUCAGUGGUUUUUAGAAAGUGAUUUCAAUGAGCCAAGCUGCAAGCCAACCAAAUGAAGAAUCGAGCACACAGUCGGUGAAUGAUGGUAUGAGUAGCGAUGGGUUUGUUCCUCAAUUAUUUACCUCUUUACCAGCCCUAAAUGAAGCUGCUUCUUAUCUUGUACAAACAACUUCUUUUAUAACUGGUUGUUUCUCUGAUUACUCUGUGGAACCUACUCCCAGAGAUUCAAGGGAUUCCGUUGUACAUGCACAAGAGUUGGUGACAUUUCCAUCUAGACAAAAUGGCAAUCCUGUUCUUCAUGAUCAUUCGUCUUCAAGUGGAAGCGUCUCAACCUUUUCUGAAUGCUCUACUUCUGUAACUGCUGCACCUCCCAUCCAUGAUGGGCUUACAAGGGCCUCUACUGAAGAUUUAUCUGAAAAUACCAGUGCACUUGUACAAUCAAAUCAUGCCCCGCAAAAUGGGAUUACUCUUUUCCAAGGUCUUAUUGAACGAGCACGGAGGACUGUUCGUGGAUCUGCAGAUGACAUAGGAUGGCUGCAACGAGAUCCUGAGAUGCCUCCAGUUGAAGAUGGAACUGAAAGGUUUGUGGAAAUUCUCAAUAACGUAAGGCAUGGUCUGCACAAACUGCCAAACUCGAUGGUCUAUUUAUUAGUUCCAGGUUUGUUCAGCAACCAUGGGCCUCUUUACUUUGUCAGUACGAAAACAAGCUUCUCGAAGAUGGGUUUGACUUGUCAUAUUGCCAAAAUUCAUAGUGAGGCUUCAGUUGAGAAAAAUGCCAAAGAGAUAAAAGAGUACAUUGAAGAAAUAUAUUGGGGUUCAAAGAAACGUGUUUUGCUUCUUGGACAUAGCAAAGGGGGAGUAGAUUCAGCAGCUGCUUUAUCUAUAUAUUGGUCUGAAUUGAAAGAUAAGGUUGCUGGGUUGGCAUUAGCUCAGAGUCCAUACGGUGGAAGCCCAAUAGCAUCUGAUAUUUUGAGAGAAGGACAGCUUGGUGAUUAUCUUAACGUACGGAAACUUAUGGAGAUUCUAAUUUGUAAGGUGAUUAAGGGAGACUUGCAAGCUUUGGAAGACUUGACUUAUGAGAGGAGGAAGGAAUUCUUGAAGAAAUACCAUUUACCAAAGGAGCUUCCUGUUGUUUCAUUCCACACAGAAGCUGGCAUCAGUCCUACAGUACUGGCCACGCUAUCCCAUGUUGCUCAUGCAGAGCUACCAUUGAUGGCUCCCAUCUCUUCAGGCCAGCCCACAAGACUCCCUGUGGUUAUGCCCCUUGGUGCUGUAAUGGCUGCAUGUGCCCAGUUGCUGCAAAUCAGGUAUGGUGAGAAGAGUGAUGGGCUUGUGACAUGUCGUGAUGCAGAAGUCCCAGGAUCCGUGGUAGUGAAACCAGAACGUAAAUUAGAUCAUGCAUGGAUGGUUUAUUCUUCAUUAAAUGAUGAUCCUUCUCAAGCUGAUGCUGCCCAAGUGUGUGAGGCGCUAUUGACAUUGCUUGUGGAAGUUGGGCAGAAAAAGAGACAUGAACUAGCCAUGAAAGAUGAAUGACACUGAACUGCUUGUGUCAUCAUCUCAUUGUAGUUCCUGCUUGUAUCCUAGUCCUAACCAAUGGCUUCAAUAACUUUAUUGAUGUUCAAUACUAUGUGUACAUAGCGGCUGAUAAAUAGGUUGAUUUUUCUAAGGAUGACAAGUAGGGGCAUUUAUUGAUAAAAUUAAGAUUUGAAUUUGUAAUUUUGUAUUUCUAAUGCUGCUUUAGGCUGUGUGUGAUAUGCAAUUUUCUGGAAAAUUGAUUUUCCUGGAAGUUGCUAUCACUCGUCUAGACUUUAAUUAGACAGCAAAUUUAUUAAGGACCAAGUGUUACUCGAACCCAAUACAAAAAGUACCUAUUA